CAACAUUAUCAGCUGAGAACUACCUCCCCUUUUUCGUACUUGAACCUAUUUCCACCAUGGCAUUGCGCCUCCUCCCUUUCGCUCCGGCAAACAUGUCGCGCUCACUUCUUUCCGAGUCCCUCCAAUUCCCCCGACUCUCUCGGUUCCUCCCGAUCACACCUAUCGCGACCAGCGGAUUCCUACAACCGGUUUCGAUCUCUCUCAAUAUUCCAUCCCUCCUCUCAGAUCUUUGGGAUUCCGUCCUGCGCGCCGUUCCUAAGAAGAAGACCUCCCACAUGAAGAAGCGUCACCGACAAAUGGCCGGCAAGGCCCUCAAAGACGUGAAGAGCCUUAAUAAAUGCCCGGGCUGUGGCCAGAUCAAGCGUGCCCACCUUCUGUGCCCGAACUGUGUCAAAGACAUUAAGGAAUCGUGGAGGACCCUGGACAUGGCAUGAGAGAGCACUGUAAGAAAUAAGGGCUUGUCUUUGGGGGAAUCAGGAUCAACAUUCGCGAUAUCCCAAUAUCAAGCCCAAAAAAAAAAGAGACUGUAUUUCUAGAAUUGGUUGUGGAUACAUGCUGCAUGGCAACUGGCGUCUGGGUUUUGCGGGGAAAUGUUUCUAUAUGACUUUAUAACAGUUCGAUCUAGUAGGUCGAAUUUGAACGCUGUGAUCUUUUCAA